AUGGAUAAAGCGGCUUUCCAGGUCAUCGUCCUGGGCCCGACUGGAGGACCCAAGGAAGAUGCCGUAACCGGUCUCCUGGUUCGGUCUACAUCCACCAAGUGGUCCAAAGGGUCAAUCGUCGCAGUCGACGCCGGUACUCUUCUGUCAGGGAUAGUCCGGAUUCUAGAACAGGACAUCUCUGUCGAUAGUAAUGAUAAUUGCGAACCCAAAGCACUGGUGAAACAGGGGCCGUUCACCGGCAUGGGUCUUCCACACAUGACUGCGCACGCAAAUGCCGCCUACGUUUUCCGUGAAAUCAUUGCCUCUGUGCUGAUCACGCACCCGCAUCUCGACCACAUGUCCGGCCUGGCCAUUAACACGCCUCUCGUCGAGGCAAGCAAUGGCCCCAAAACCGUAGCGGCACUUCCAUCUGCCAUAUCGGCGAUGAAGAACCACAUGUUUAACGACGUCAUCUGGCCAAACCUAUCCGAUGAAGACGGCGGCGCGGGUCUUAUUACCUAUCAACGACUAGUAGAAGGCGGGAACCCCCGGUUCGGGCGUGGCGAGAGCAGAGGCUAUGUGCGCGCAUGCGAGGGUCUUGUCACGAAAUGUCUCAGCAUCAGCCACGGCCGUUGCAAGCAGCAAUAUCACGAUGAAACAGGCCGCCAUCACCGCGUAGGCAGCGCCGUUUUUGCUACCGACUCGAUGGUUAUGCCUGCUCGGGCACUGUCUAUUGACCAUGAAACCCUAACUCCUCCCUGCAGCAUCUACUCCCCCGCUCGCUCUCCACACAUCGGUCCCAACAACUCAGCAACCCCAGCGAAGGACAGCAACUGGGCGGUCGUCGAGAGCUCAGCAUUUUUCCUCCGCGACGACACCACGGGCAACGAAAUCAUCAUCUUCGGCGACAUUGAGCCCGACUCAGUCUCCCUAGAGCCACGCAACAAGCGAGUCUGGGAAAUCGCCGCGCCAAAAAUCGCCUCGGGUUCGCUCCAAGCCAUCUUCAUCGAGUGUUCGUACAACGAUGCCAUCGACGACGAGACUCUCUACGGCCACCUGUGCCCGCGCCAUCUGAUCGCCGAACUAAAAGUCCUCGCGGCCAAAGUCACCGACGCUCAGAACUCGCACACGCGUGGCCGCUCCUCGAAACGCAAGCGAAAGGACUCUGAAUCCACCGGCGCUAUGCAAGACCAAGUCAGCCCUCGCUCUGUCCGCCCGCUGUCCCAUCUCGCUAAAUCAAACACCUCCUCCCCUGCGCCUGGGCGACGAAGCGCGACGCAAUCACGCAUGAAUUCCGGAGACGUGAAUAUGGCCGACUCGUCUGCGGACGAGCAACAGGCUACCGGAAAUAACAACGAAAACAACGUCGAAGCUGCUACCGACGAUGACAACCCAGGCGUCAAACAGCCCCUAUUGACGGGUCUGUCAGUGUACAUCAUUCACAUCAAAGAUACGCUGACUGACGGGCCGCAUCCGAGCGAACGCAUCCUCGGAGAGCUGCGAACGCACAGUGAAGCGGCGGGUCUCGGCUGUGAGUUUUUUGUGCCGAAGCAGGGAGAGGGGAUAUGGAUAUGA